UCACCCUGCGUCCCUGUGGAUGCGUCCGUUGGUCUUCUCAAACUCGGUGGCCUCUUUGGCCGUCUCUCUGAAGCUGGCUACGUCCACGGGGCCCACCUGUACGCUCGUGCGGGCGGUGACGGGCCGCCGGGAGGCCAGCAGGUUGGCCGUGUGGGUGAUCCUCCCAGCAGCUGUCGCUCCCUCUGGUGUGCCCGUGACCGAUCUGGGGUUGGAUGGGUGCAGUGUGGGGUAGAAUGGGGCCGUCCGGUCGCCCUCUGAGUUGAGGGCCCGCAUGUAGAAGGACGCCAGGGGCUCGGACUCGAUGGCCUCGAUGGGGUCCAUCCGACCCACUCGCGUCAAUGUCGUCAUGUCGCGGUACGUCGUGCGGUAACCAUGCUGCUGGCUCCACGACGGGAGGCCGGGGUAGAAUGACGGCUGUCCACUCACUUCAUUCGCAGAGGUGUCAGCCGCACCAGCCGACUCGCCCUUGGGGCCCUUGGCGAGGGACAAAGAGAGCUUCUCGACGCCGCUGCCGCUGAGGAAGCUGCCCCGCCCACCCGCACCGCCAUCCCUGAACGCCAAUCCAAUCCAUUGACACACCCCGACCGUGACACGUUCACGCACAUUCUCCUUUGCAUGAUGUUGCAAGGCGUGCCUGGUUCGGGGGACGGCUGUUCUGCACGACAUCUCACGGUAGGAGGUGCGGUAGGCGUGCUGCUUCGUCCAGGGCAUCCGGCCCUCAUACAAAGCCACAUUCGUCCCGCCUAACCACACACGCAAUUGAAACAGCGUCGACAUGACCGAGUUGUGCCGUCAUAUGCACCGCGUCCGUAUCGACUGACCGAGUGGGCGGCCGACGGAUGAGUAGCGGCUGACAAAAGGGGGGCAGGCAGCGCUCGUGUGAGGCCGGUGAGAUGAGGAGGCCUCCACCAUAGCGAACUGGAGGGAAGGCAG